AUGUCUUCAAUACUCCAAUUCCCUCCAAGCUAUGUUUUUAAAUUUCUUCUCAGUGAUAAAGAAAGCAGAGAACUAGAAGACGGAUUGGAUGGAUUUGGCGCUUUGCGAUAUACUAUUCAAGAAGCCGAAGUGGGACUUACGAGAAUUCCUACGAAGACGAGAGUGGAAUUUGAGUUGAGGAAAUUGAAAUUCAAGACGCUUGAUGUCACGAAUUCUGGGAAUGAGAUAGCAAAGAUAGGGGGAGUGGAUUCUGGGGUGAAGGAGGAGAUGGGGAGGAAGAGAAAAGCUGGAGGGGGGAAGAAGGAGCGGAGAAGUAUUUUGAAUGGUGAUGGGCAUGAGGUUAUUGAACUUAGUUCUGAUGAGGAUAAAACUGAAUUCGAGGAAGAGGAAGAGAGGAGAGGGGAAAUGGCUAGGAAAAAGUUGAAGUCAGCUGAUGGGACGAGUUCUCCUGCUCCUAUUGGAAGCAGUUAUGGUGGAAACAUUGUCAAAUUUGAAGACAUCGGCAAAGUUCCAGAUGAUGUCAAUGGUCAAAACACUUUCAGGGUUCUGAAAAUUGACUGGUAUUUCGAUUCAAUCAGAGAAGGGAUAUUGCUUCCCAUAGACAAAUAUCUAAUAUACGAAGGACGACGAGUAACGGAGCCACCAAAAUUUCUCCCUUCGAACCUCCUAACUCGCGCAGCAACUGAUUCAGGGGGCUCUCCUAACCGUGGAUACAGUCCGCAUUAUCGACAGCAACAAUCAAGCAAACCACUUACCCGACCCACCCUCCUGGCUCAAACCACCUCCGAACACGACGAUCCUUCACACUUCCCCCCAUUACCAGAAUACCUCAAAACAAUCUACUCCUGUGAAAGACCAACCCCAUUAACCUCUCCCAACGAUCCCUUCAUCUACCAACUCAAAACCAUCAAGCUAAAACGUCUUCUCGACGGCGACCCCAUCGGUGUUCGCGCCUACAGCACUUCUAUCGCCUCCAUAGCAGCCUACCCCUAUCCUCUCCGCUCCCCCAACGAAGUCAUCCGUCUCCCAGGAUGCGAUCAAAAAAUCGCCAAUCUCCUCCACCAAUUCCUCAACACAGGAACCAUCGACGAAGUCCUCGACUUCGAACACAAUCCCCGCAUGCAAGUCCUAAAAGCCUUCUACAACAUCUGGGGUGUAGCCGAUAUUACCGCGCGCGAAUUUCACGAUCAGAGAAACUGGAAAGAUCUCGACGAUAUCGUGGUCGAAGGCUGGAAUGAUCUCAAACCGGUGCAGAAAAUCGGAGUCAAAUAUUACGAGGAGUUUAAUUCCACGAUCCCCCGCUCCGAAGUCGAAGCCAUCGGCUCUAUCAUUCUUUCCGAGGCGCGGCAAAUCGAUCCAGGGUUUCAGAUGGUGAUCGUAGGGGGAUAUCGGAGGGGAAAACCAGAAAGCGGAGAUGUGGAUAUUAUGCUUACGCAUCCGGAUGAGAAGCGCACCUUAGGGUUCCUCCCAGAAUUAACGUGGAGAUUGGAGGAGAAGGGAUGGAUUACGAAUGUGCUACUUGAAUCGAUGAAGAAUAGUGAGAGAGGACAGUGGGCUGUAGAUCUGAGCUGGAAAAAAGAUAAAGCGGGAACGGGCUUUGAUAGUUUGGAUAAGGCGUUGGUGGUUUGGCAGGAUAUUAAUUUUCUGGUUGAGGAAGAGGAAAAGGGAGAGGGGAAAGAGAGGAAGAAACCCAAAAAUCCAAAUCCCCAUCGCAGAGUAGAUAUUAUUAUUACGCCGUGGAAAACGGCGGGCGCGGCGAUUAUUGGAUGGUCUGGGGGAACAACGUUUCAGAGGGAUUUGAGAAAGUAUUGUAAGAAGAAGAAGAAUUGGAGAUUUGAUAGUAGUGGGAUUCGGGAGCGGGGGACGGGGGAAUGGGUGGAUUUGGAAGGGGGUGUGGAGGUGAAGGGGUCAGCUAGAAAAGAUACGGAGAGGGUUGAUAUGGAAGGGAGAAUGGAAAAAAGUAUGAUUGAAAUAUUGAGGAAGAAGGAAAUGGCCGUUUUCAAAGGCAUAGGGCUAGAAUGGAGAGAGCCAUGGGAAAGAUGUACUGGGUAG